CAUUCUUUCACAAGUAUAUAUAGAAAGAAUAUAUUCUGAUGAAUAAGCGUUUACACAUACAGUAUUGCUAUAACAUUCUGUAUCAGAAAAGGUUCUUCCUUGUGCUACGAGGUUGCUCUUAAGCGAUUAAUCGCAAUUAAUUGUUAUGGAAGCGUUUAGGAAAAGAGAAGAUACGACGACGAUUUAUGCCUACCAUUUUUCUGACUGGCGAGGAUAAUAGAAGGAUAAUAAAACGCAUAGCGGUUGCACACACGCGCAACACGAGGCUCAAGCAGAAUAGAUUUAAGCUAGCUAGGAGCGAAUAAAAACAAUGAGUAUACCGUACGAUGAGAGCUUAAUCUGGAUAGUGGUGGCCGGUUUUAUAGUGGCGUUCAUUUUGGCGUUCGGUAUUGGCGCCAACGAUGUCGCCAACAGCUUCGGGACGAGCGUCGGUGCCGGAGUUCUUACGAUAUUCCAAGCCUGCGUUCUGGCGACCUUCUUCGAGAUCGCAGGCGCUGUACUGAUAGGAUAUAAGGUUUCUGAUACGAUGCGAAAAGGUAUAUUGGACGUCUCGUUGUACGAAGGCCAUGAGAAGGAGUUGAUGUUAGGAGCAUUGUCCAGUCUAGCCGGUUCUGGUAUCUGGCUAUUGCUGGCAACCGCGUUACGACUUCCAAUUUCUGGUACGCAUUCCAUUGUUGGUGCUACAGUCGGAUUUUCCCUUGUGUGCAGAGGUACCGCUGGGGUAAAAUGGAUAGCACUUGCUAAUAUAGCAGCGUCCUGGUUUGCUAGUCCCGUACUCAGCGGGACCGUAUCCUCCGGUAUCUUCUGGCUCCUGAGAAAAUACGUACUCAACUCUAACGAUCCAUUUGAGCAAGGUCUCUAUUUUCUCCCUAUGGCAUACGGUCUGACCGUUGCUGUCAAUAUUUUGUCAAUUGUACUCGACGGACCUAAAUUAUUAAUGUUGGAUCAAUUGCCGUGGUGGGGUAGUUUGAUAGCUGCGUUGCUAUUGGGUAAAUUUGUCGCAGUGAUCGUAUAUGUAUUCGUGGUACCGUGGCAAAGAGCGAGGAUACUACUGGCAUCGAACGGUAAUGGUGAGGAGACGGGGACGCAUUUUAGCGCCUGUCAAGACAAAAAGGAAACGACGGCAUUGUCGGUGAUCUCGGAGGUACCUUGCGGCGACAAUAGUAACGGUAACGCGAAAACCAAUUUAACGGUAACGACGCCGCAGUUGCGCGGCAAUAGCAGCGAAAGCCCGUUGCUGAUGGUCGCACAGGCAGAUGCGGAGAACGCACAGGCAGACGGUAUGAUAGAUGAAGAAGAGCAGCCGGAGGUUUCGCGGUUGUUUGCUUUUCUUCAGGUACUCACCGCGGCAUUCGGUAGCUUCGCCCAUGGUGGCAACGACGUAAGCAACGCGAUCGGUCCGCUUAUCGCGCUCUGGGCGGUGUACUCGGAAGGCUCGGCUCGGCAGGAGGCUGAAACGUCCAUACUUAUACUCUUGUACGGCGGCCUAGGUAUCUCCACGGGACUAUGGGUAUGGGGACGCAGAGUAAUACGGACUUUGGGCCAGGAUCUAGCGCGUAUCACCCCGACGACCGGAUUCACCAUAGAGGUGGGAGCCGCGGUGACGGUCCUGUUGGCAAGUAAGAUCGGUCUACCCGUGUCAACGACGCAUUGCAAAGUGGGAUCGGUGGUAUGCGUGGGAUGGGCCUCACGCGGCGGCGAAGGGGUCUCGUGGAAGCUAUUUCGCAAUAUCGCGUUCGCGUGGCUGAUCACCGUGCCGAUGGCCGGCUGCUUGUCCGCCGGCUGCAUGGCCAUCUUCCGCGAAGUAAUGAACUUGUGAUCGUUGCGCGGCCGAGAAAACGCGGCUUUAGACGCAGAAAAUCGCCAUCCAAAUACCGUUCUCCUCUGUUGUCAAUAAAAGUUCUUCAACAAAUAAAUAUGGUCGAACAGAAA